AUGCCGCAGACUGAAGCAAGAUCUGACGAUGACCUGGCCAUCAAGGUCGAACGCGACACCUAUACCCCUGGAGAGACCGUCACCGGCAAUAUCACUCGCGUAAGUGCCUUGGUCGAUUCCGAGGUUACUCUCAACGUUGUGCUUCAUGGCCGAGCCAAGUCCAAGUUCAUGGACCAAAAUGAUCACGGCGCCAAACCCCGUCGCGGACGCUACGAACUGCUCAAAGUGAAGCAGGACGUAUUCAAGGGCCCUGUGCAGAUCCCAGGCAACGCGGAGCCCCGUCAAUGGAGUUUUGCCGUCCAAAUACCCACACACGUUGAUGCCAGUCAUUACCCCGGCAAUCACAAGGGGGAGGAUGCGCUCACUGACAUUGACCAUGAGACAGUCAGCAAGAUGGAGCUCCCCGGCUCAUUCAUGAUGGGCUAUAGCUCUGGUUAUCUUCGGAGGGAAGGCUUUGUCGAGUACUACUUGGAAGCCGUCUUUGAGCACAAGCGAAGUGGCUCCACGGAGACGGCAACCGCUGUGGUGCCCAUCCAACUUCGGGCACGCAAUAUAGCCCCUCCUCUUGUCGAUUUCUCCUUGGUCCCCUUCGAGAAUGAAAAGAAGGUUACUACCCAACGCCUAUUGCCUGGAAUGGAGAAUGCAGAGUUGUCGGCAAUGGAUAGCGUGAAGAAGUUUUUCGGCACGCCUUCGGUACCAGACUUUGCAUUCAAGAUUGAAGUCAACGCGCCGUCGGUAUUCCAAAUCGACCAGCCAUCGAUCCCACUUUUCAUCCGAGUCGUGCCAAACUGGUCGGACUCGAGCAAGGAAAUCCAGGGCAAGCCCGCCCCAAAAGCAAGGGUCGUCAGCUUCAGAGGAGUACUGGGGUCAUACUGCCACAUCCUAUGCGCAUCAGGUAAAAUGGGCUUUGCUCGCUACGAAAAUUGGUGGGAGGAGGAUCACGACCUCGAAGCCGAUGGGUGUGAUCUCGAUCGGCUGGCCAUUGACGUUCCGUGCGGCGACGACGUUGAAGCCGCGGACGUUGGCGCCGCUUUGCACCUGCGCCUUCCAAGAUCGAUAUUCCCGAGUUUCACCACUUUCAAUAUCCACCUCCGCUGGAAACUGAAUUUCUGGGUCUAUCUGGACAUUGCUGGCGAGGAGACUCAUGUCCAUAGACACAUCGAACAGGUCACUGUGAUUCCGGCUAGCUCCGGACCCCCACCAGGCGUUUGA